AUGAAAAUAAAAGAGCCAUUUACUUUUUAACAAUAUGUUGAUUGGGCUUUUGAAUCAAAUAAAGGAACUUAUAUUCAUAAAACUUAGAAGGAAUAACUUACGAAAUCUAAUAAUUCUAUUAUGUAAAUAGAAGAUGACUAAUUAAAUGAUAUUAUAUGGUUAUUUAGAAAAUGCUAAAACAAAAAUGAGCUCGAUAAUUAAAAUAAGGCAUUUACAGAAAAAUAACAUAUUAUUAGACAUGUUUUUUUAUUUCUAUUAAUUUUGGUUUAAAAAAAACAAGAUAAAAGGAAAAUUUAUACCUUAAUGAAUUCAACUGCCAUUUAAUAUGUAAAUGAAGACUUGAAGGUUUUUAUUGCAGAUGAAAAAUAAGAAAUAUUAAAACAGGCUUACUAUUCUAAAGAUUUUGUUACUGUUGGAGUUCAUUUUACACAAAAUUUCAAAUAAAUUCUAGAUAUAUGGAGAUAGCUGAAAAAUUUACCUGAAAAUUACUAAUUAAUGCAUCCAAAUUCAGAUACGGAUUUUUUAUGCGAUUUUCCAAGAAUUAAUACUUAAUUCAAUUUUAUAUAAAUCUUUAAAUUAAAAGAGAUAAAGAAAUAAAAAGAAAAUGAAAAAAAAAUAUUAGAAUAAAAAUUGCAACAGGAGAGGUUGUUUUAAAGUAAUCUGAGAAAAGAAUAAAUAUAAUUUAUCAAAUUGGUUAAAAUUGUUAGUAUCAGAAAGCCUAAUUAUUUCAAUCAAUAACUAUUUCUUUAGCCAAAUGGCAAUUUGUAUUUAUCUUUAAUUAUUAAUUAGAAUUCAAGGAAAAAUUUGGUUUCCAAUAAAUUAACCUGAUCUUUGUCCAUUAUGGUUAGAUUACAAUUUCUAAAUCUAAUCAUUUAAUAAUUUCAAUAACUUAAAUUAAGAAUUAAAAUAUUACACUGGUUUUAUUUCUUAUUAAGGUCCUGUAAAUGAUUAUUUCGAACCAUAAACUUAUGAUUAUGAUAAAGAUACAGAAGGUGUUAUGAAAACAAUCAAUAUUUAAGAAACAAUUUAUAAAGGUGGAUUUAAGAAUGGUCUUUUUGAUGGAAAAAAUAGAGUUUAUACAUUUGGUUGUUUAAUUUUUUAUGGAUUUUUUAAGAAUGGAUAAAAACAUGGAGAAGGAUAUGAAUUAGAUUCUUAGUAAACGCUAACAUAUUUUAGAGGAAUGUAUGAAUCAAAUUUCAAAUAAGGUUUGUUUGUUGAUUAUAAAUUGAUUAAUUACUCAAAAAGAGAAAAAGAAUUUUCUAAAAUUGGAAAUUGGGUUGAAUAUUAUAAGAAUGGCAUAAAAUAAAAAGAAAUUUCAUAAUAGGCAGAUUAAGUAUAUAAUGUUAAUUAAAACCCAGGUCGCAAAUUACUAAAUUUUAAUGAAUUUGAAGUAAAUAAUUUUUAGUUAGCUUCUCUUCUACCAGGAGGAUGGAUUAAGUCAAAAAUUGUUGAUAUUUUACUUAAAUAAUUAACAUCUUUAGUAAAUUAUUCAAAUUUAAUCAAUCAAAAUAUACAUUCUACUUAAACAUUAUUUUUUAAUUGUAAUUAAUGUCAAGAUAUUUUUGGAAGCAUGAUUACUUAUGAUAAUGAUAUAAAUGAUAAGUAUAAUAAUAAAUUAAUAUUUUAGAAUAUUUUAAAAUGCUUUUAAAAAACACUUAGAGUCUAACUAUUAAUAAAAAAACCAAAAAUAUGAUGAUCAUAUGAGUGGUUAAAAUAAGAUAAAAAAUAUCAGAAUCGUGUUUUAUCUUAAUUUAGAUAGAAGCCACUUCUUAUCAGUUGUGUAUGAAAAUGAGAAAUUAUAUUUAAUCGAUUCUUUAGAGGAUACAAGAGAGCCGCUCAAAAUUUAAAUCCAAAAACUAUUAAUUAAAUAUUAAUUUGAAGUUAAAGAUAAGGAUAACAUCAAUAUUAGCCAACAAAAGAAUACUUAUGAUGAUGGAAUAUACACAAUAUAUUAUAUCAGCUAAUUUAUAAAAAAUCAAAAUUUAACAAUCGAAUAGAUGAUUGGCUAAAAAUUUUUUGAAAUUUCGUAAUCUAAAAUAAAUUAUUUACGAUAUUAAAUAUAUUAAAAUUUAAAAGGAGAUGGAGCAUCAAUUAUGUAAUUGUGA